UGGAGGUUUCUGUCCUUUUGUGAAAGGCUGGUCAGCUCUCCCGGCCGUCAGUCCGUCCCGCUUCCUGUGUGUGGCCGAGUUUCCGCGCUCGCUGUCCCUGGGCGGAGGAACCCGAGGCCUGGCCCUUGCGCUGCAGCGCGGCUCGCCCCGCGGAAUGUGACGGGGAAGAAGGGGCGUGUGUGCGAGGGGCCGGGGAGCGAGGCCGGGGCGGUGGGAGAGUGGGCGCCGGCGGGAGGCUCCGGGCGUGCGAGGGUGCAGCCGCGAGCGCGCGGCGACCCUGCGAGGCCGCCGACCCCGAGCCGGCCGCAGAAGCGGGACUCGCUCCUCUAGGGCUGCCCACCCCCUCGGGGCCGCCGCCCAGGGGCGCCAUGGAGACCUCGGCCCUGGAGCCUGAGGAGACAGCUCUGUGCUCUCAGAACCCUGCCCUUCCCCUCAAAGAGAAUCCAGAGGAUGAAUUGGGUUGGGGUCUCCUGGAAGCCAGGUCUGAGGAAUCGGUGACCUUCAAGGACGUGGCCGUGGACUUCACCCAGGAGGAGUGGAGUCAGCUGGAUUCCCCUCAGCGAGCCCUGUACCGGGACGUGAUGCUGGAGAACUACCAGAACCUUCUCGCCCUUGGGCAGCCCUUGUGCUGGGGGACACAGACCCAGACAGAUGCCUGCUCCUCUCCAAGUCAUCCUUUGGAGCCUUCCACAGCUCAGGAAACCUUCUCACUGGGACCCCAAGUGUCUUCCCUUGUCUCUUCUGACUCCAAGACCCGAGUGCGUCCUGCAAGACCCAGGCGCCAGGGGGCGUCCUCUGCUGGUGGGGAGGGCCCUGCCCUGGGGCUUGAGAUGCUGUCUGGAUGGGCCAAACGGAAAGAGAAGCCCAUUCCACGUGAGCACAGUGUGUGUGGGAGGUGCUGAUCAUUUUAGCUCCUUCUUGCUGGUUACUGCCUUGUUCACAUUUGUCUCUACGCCUCAAGUUUCUGUGCACUGCCCUUCUAGACACUGAGAUCUAGGACAGACAUGAAUGAGAAUGUCCUCAAUU